AUGCCGGUUUAUGCUAAAUUCAUGAAAGAAAUGUUAACUGGAAGAAGGAAACCAAAAGAUGAUGAGAACAUCUCUCUUUCUGAGAAUUGUAGUGCUAUUCUCCAAAGGAAACUUCCACCUAAGCUUAAAGAUUCUGGUGCUUUUACUAUCCCUUGCUCCAUUGGGCCGGUAGACAUUGGAAGAGCUUUAUGUGAUUUAGGGGCCAACAUCAAUUUGAUGCCCCUUUCGAUGAUGAAGAAGCUUGGAGGUGGAGAGCCAAAACCUACAAGAAUGACCCUCACUCUAGCUGAUCGGUCAAUCUCAUAUCUUUUUGGUGUGCUUGAAGAUGUCUUAGUGAAGGUUAAUGAUCUAGUAUUUCCAGCUGAUUUUGUGAUCUUGGAUAUGGAUGAAGAUGAAGAUAUGCCACUCAUUCUAGGAAGACCUUUCCUUGCAACAGGCCGUGCUUUAAUUGAUGUUGAAAUGGGACAGCUAAUGUUGAGGUUCCAUAACGAGCAAGUGGUGUUCAAUAUCUUUGAAGCUAUGAAGCACCGGGCUGAAAAUCCUAAGUGUUACCAGAUUGAUGUUGUUGAUGAAAUAGUAGAAGAUGAUUCUCGUACACCUCAACUAACACAACCUAUGGAGAAAACAAUAGUUAACUCUAUAGAAAGUUGUGACCUUGAUGAAGAUCUUGAGGUGAAGGAAUGUAUCAAACAACUAGAGUCAAGCAAACAAGAGGUAGAACCGGUAAAAAUUGAAGAGAUACUUGGUGAAACUUCUAAAGGGGAGCAACCUCCAAUCAAGGAGGAAGAGAAAAAUCCAGAAUUAAAAGAACUUCCUUCCCACUUGAAGUAUGUUUUCCUUAGCAAAAAUGCCUCGAAACCAGCAAUCAUCAGCAGUACCUUGACACUUUUAGAAGAAGAGAAAUUGACGAGAGUGUUAAGGGACAACCAAGGAGCUUUGGGAUGGAAUAUUUCUAAUUUGAAGGGUAUUAGUCCGGCCUAUUUCAUGCAUAGAAUUCACAUGGAGGCUGAGUACAAACCUGUGGUUCAACCUCAACGAAGACUAAACCCUACAAUGAAAGAAGUGGUUUAG